UCUCAAUUGAGAGGCAAAUAGAAAAAAGAUGGAGCUUCAACAACAUUUAGGCCAUCCACAUCCACUCGUGUUCCACCCAGAGAUGAACCAUCAAAGUGAGGAGACAAUCUGUUGCUUUGGAUGCAAGCGAAAGGGGAAGGGUCCAAACUUUAGCUGUUCAGAGUGUGGGUUUUUCCUGCACAAGGGAUGUGCUGAAGUUCCUAUAGAGAUUCAACACCACCCCUUUCAUCGAGACCACCCUCUCAUUCUUCGUCAACUAUCAUCCAUUGAAGAACAAGGAGGAGAUUAUUGCAAGGUUUGCCAUUGCUACAUUGGUGAGCAAUUUAGUUAUUGUUGUUCUUCUUGUAAAAUUGCCUUUCACCUCAAAUGUAGUUUGCUUCAACGUGACACUUCCGGGAACUUCAUAGAGAUCCUCCACCGUACCCAUCAACAUCCAUUGCUUCUCAUGGAUAAUCAAAAUUUUCUACUCAAAUAUCGUGAAUGCUUUGGUUGUUCAACCGAAUUGGUGAAUGAUUCAUAUGGUUGUUUCGAUUGUAAUAUUUUUUUCCACAAAAAAUGUGUUGAACUACCCAUUAAAAUUAGUCACCCUUACCACCGCAAACACCAGCUUAUUCUUGAGUCAGACUUUUGCUUUUGCAACCUUUGCCAAGUCAGCCACUCAGGAUUGUUUUAUCGUUGUUCGAUUUGCAAUCUUGACUUUCAUAGUGAAUGUUUGCCACCAUCCGUUAUUAAAGAUAAAAAACAUCAUGAACACCCAUUCACGUUGUUGUUGAGACCAAAUUCAUUCACUUGUGAUGCAUGUGACACCCAGGGUGAUAAUGUUUCCUAUAUUUGUUCUACAUGCAACAUUCAAGUUCAUAAGGAUUGCAUUUCAUUGCCUCGCUUCAUUAGGCUUACCCUGCACCGUCAUCCCCUUUCUCGCAACUUUUUCCUUUCCAUUCAUUUCCAUGAUUCUAGAACUUGGGACUGCAGAAUCUGUUAUAAGAAGAUAAAUAUGGAGCAUGGGAGUUAUUGUUGUUCUCGACCAAAUUGCGAAUUUGUUAUCCACGUCAAGUGCGCCAUUAGUUGGGAGAACAAGUUUUGGUAUGAUAUAACUGAACUUGAGAAUCCAGAUGAAUUCAAGGAACUCGAUGAAUCUGGGAAUUUAAUCUUUCGUGUUCUUCGAGAAACCAAAGUUGGGGACAAUGUUGUAGCUGCAGAGAUAAUACAUUCUAGUCAUGAUCAGCACAGCUUGACAUUCAACGACGAGAUCAACGAUAAUAAGCAUUGUAAUGGGUGUAUGAUGCCUAUCUCCUCUUCAUUUUACUAUUGUUCAUGUUGUGAUUUCUUUCUCCAUAAAGCAUGCGCUGAAUUACCGAGGAGGACUCUGUUAUGGUUCCCGCAAAGUUCCUUCAGACUUCUCACAGAUGGAAUUUUUAAAUGCUGGUUGUGUGACUAUGAUUGUAGUGGUUUCUCCUACAAAACCGCUAACGGCCUUGUCGUCUGCCUUCGAUGUGCAACAACUCCUCACAAUUUUACGUAUCAAGCAAAGGAACCACAUUACCUCUUUUAUGAUGCGGAAAAUGUGAGCAAUUGCAGUGCUUGUGGUAGACGUAGAGACCGAAAAGGUUCCUACAUAUGCAAGGACUGCAACUUUGUUUUGAAUUCAGGGUGUGUUACACUGCCAAAAACAGCUCGGCACAACUUUGACGAACAUCCUUUGAAGCUUGUUUAUGAAGAUAACAAUGAUUAUCCACUCCAUCAUUGGUGUGACAUAUGCGAAAAAAAAAGAGACUCGAAGUUUUGGUUUUAUCAUUGUAAAGUUUGUGACAAUGCUAUGCAUCCCAAAUGCGUUCUCGGAGAAUAUCCAUUUAUCAAAUUAGGUAGUAAAUAUAAAUAUAAGGGUCAUCCGCAUCCUCUCAGUUUCAUCCAAAAAAUUGACUACCACCCUUUAUGUGAGAAGUGUAGAGAGCCUUGUCAAGAUCUAAGUCUCGAGUGUGAAGAGCAUGGUUGCAACUUUGUUGGUCAUUGGAAAUGCUUACGUGUGUUUAGUGAGGUGUAUAGUUACCAUCAUUAGCAGUGACAAUCAUGUUUA